UAAAGGACAAGCGACAUAGACACUAUGUGAUUUUCUUUAAAAUUAACUCGCUGUUCACUAUACUUAAACUCCUACCCGGAUCCGACCGGGCGAGCGACGACGGUCUACGACGUUUGGCGGCCUAGUCAACACUCAUAUACUGACAUCUCGCACCGUCACUGCAUACAAAACCACUGUUUGAAUAGCAAAAUGGCGGCAAAAUCACUGUGAUAACCCAUAUCUUUCAUCUAACAUUUCCAAUUAGGGUCCUUGGAACUCAGUUUUGCACCUCUGUUUCUUUGUCUUGGUUGAGUUUUGGAAUUAGGGUUUACUUAUCUGUUGAAUCGAUCUAAGCUUAACGAAACCGCAGCAAAAUGACAGCAGACGCCUUAUCAUCGGUUUGUAAUUUGGGAGUUCUGGAUUCUCUCUCCGAAGCUUCAAUCUCCGAGAUUUUGGAAAGCUGGAACAGCUUCUGUAUUAUAACAGAGACGAUCGUCAAAGGUGAUGAUACUGACUUAUCGUCAUAUUACUCGAAGUUCCAAUCCCACGUUUCUAGUCUAUGCAAGUACGGCCUUCGGGAUUUAGUCGAAGAACAUUUCCUUCUAUCUCUCCAGGAAACUUUAGAGAAACAUAGUGCACCCAAGUUUUGGAAGAAUUUUGAUGCUAAUAGUAAUGGCAUAGACCUUGAAACAAAUGACAAAGAUAUGCAAGAGGAUGUGGUGGAACUACUACUGUGUAAAGCUUUGGAAGAAAUAUCACUUGAAAAACAGUAUCAAGAAAAGUGUUUAUUGAUGUUGGUCAAUUCUUUACAAAUAUGCCAAGAUUACCCUUCAGAUGUGGAAAAUGUCUUAUUUUCUAAAUAUCAACUAAUUGUUUCUUCUGUUCUUAUGACCACUCUGCCUCGCCAAUUUCCUGAGGUACUUCACUGGUACUUCAAAGGAAGAUUAGAGGAGUUGAGUACAAUUAUGGCUGGAGAUUAUGAAGAAAAUAACGAAUCACAAGAUAAAAAUGACAUGGAAAAUAAUCGAUAUGGAAAAAUGGAUAUUGAUGGAAGCUUUGACCAGAAGAAAAAAUUGGAGGAUAAGUUGGUGAGGAACAUUGGAAUGGUUGUUCAUAAUCUCAGAAAUCUUGGAUUUACAUCUAUGACUGAAGAUGCUUAUGCUUCUGCAAUAUUUUUGCUUUUGAAGGCUAAAGUUUAUGAUCUAGCUGGCGAUGAUUACAGGAGUACUGUUUUGGAGUCUAUUAAGGGGUGGAUACAGGCUGUUCCUCUACAGUUUUUGCAUGCACUUCUUGAUUAUCUUGGUGAUUCCAAAAUUUAUCUAAGUCCUUCUAGUACAAAAUCACCUCUUGCAUCAAAUCCAUCAUCCUGUUAUCCAGGAACUAGUAAACCAUCUGAAGGAAUCAUUAGAUGGCAAUUGAGAUUAGAGUAUUUUGCAUAUGAAACAUUGCAAGAUUUGAGAAUUGCAAAACUUUUUGAGAUCAUUGUGGAUUAUCCCGACAGUGCUCCUGCUAUUGAGGACUUAAAACAAUGUCUUGAAUACACUGGCCAACACUCGAAACUAGUCGAUUCAUUUAUUUCUGCACUACGAUACCGGUUAUUGACAGCUGGCGCUUCAACAAAUGAUAUAUUGCAUCAAUAUGUUUCAACUAUAAAAGCCCUUAGAACAAUAGACCCUGCAGGCGUUUUUCUAGAAGCAGUUGGUGAACCAAUUAGGGAAUAUUUAAGAGGAAGGAAAGACACCAUUAAAUGUAUUGUCACCAUGCUUACAGAUGGCAGUGGUGGAAAUAAUAAUGGACCUGGAAAUAAUGGAGAUAGUCUCCUUGAAGAAAUAAAUAGAGAUGAAGAAAAUCAAGAAAAUACUGGUCUUGAUGAUGAUAUUAAUACUGAUGACAAACAAGCAUGGAUCGAUGUCCAACGCUGGGAACCUGACCCUGUAGAGGCGGACCCCCAAAAGGGAAGCCGAUACAGAAGGAAAGUAGAUGUACUUGGGAUGAUUGUUGGUAUAAUUGGUUCAAAGGAUCAAUUGGUUAACGAAUACCGUGUCAUGUUGGCUGAAAAGCUACUAAACAAAACUGAUUAUGACAUUGACACUGAGAUACGCACAUUGGAGCUUCUCAAGAUACAUUUUGGUGAAAAUAGCAUGCAGAAAUGUGAGAUCAUGCUCAAUGAUCUGAUUGGUUCGAAAAGAAUAAACACAAAUGUAAAAGCCACAAUAAAUCAGUUAUCUAAAACAGGUGCCGAAUCCCGGGAGCAUGAGACUCCAUUUGAUAUAAUUAACGCCACAAUCAUAUCUUCAAAUUUCUGGCCACCUAUCCAGGAUGAGGAUGUGAACAUACCUGAGCCUAUGGACAAGCUUUUAAAUGACUAUGCAAAAAGAUUUCAUGAAAUUAAAACUCCUCGCAAACUACUAUGGAAGAAAAACCUUGGUACAGUAAAGUUAGAAUUGGAAUUUGAAGAUAGAACACUGCAGUUCACAGUCACUCCUGUACAUGCUUCAAUCAUUAUGAAAUUUCAGGAUCAAACAAGUUGGAGUUGUAAGAAUCUUGCGGAUGCUAUUGGAGUGCCUGUUGACACUCUUCAAAGAAGGAUAAAUUUUUGGAUAAGCAAGGGGAUUGUUUCAGAAUCUUCCAGUAAUGACCCUAACGACCACUUAUAUACACUGGUGGAUAGCAUUUCUGACGGGGGUAAAACCGUCAUUAGUAAUGAAGAGUUGGUAGCUGAUGACGAUUCCGAAAGAUCAGUAGCCUCUGUUGAGGAUCAAUUACGCAAAGAAAUGACUGUCUAUGAGAAAUUCAUCACUGGGAUGCUUAAAAAUUUUGGUAGCAUGGCCUUGGAUCGAAUUCAUAACAGUCUCAAGAUGUUUUGUUCUGAUCCUACUUAUGACAAGUCACUUCAACAGCUACAAUGCUUUUUGUCGUGGCUAGUUGCAGAAGAGAAGUUGGAAAUUAGAGACGAUACAUAUUUUUUAAAGAAAUAAUAUAUAUAUUUGUUUGUAUCUUGUUUGGCCUUUGUGGGUUGUAAAAUUAGAAAUUUAACUUUGAUUUUUAUGAAAUGAUUGUGUUUAUAACACCGAAUGUGGUGUUUUAGUUUAAAGUUUCACAUGUACAAGUUGGUUCUUCAGUUUUGAAUUUAUUAUUAGUUUAGACAAAAUUGCUAAAAUGGAUCCCUAUGGUUUCCUAA